GGAGCAGAAUCGUUGCUAUCCACACAAACUUCUUCGUCUGACACUUCAGAGUGAAUUGGGCGAGCUAUGGCAGCGGACAAUGGCACGACGUUUUCAGAAGGGAUGUACUCGAAACUUAUCGACUCGGACAAUCACUAUGAUGAGCUCCACACGACAGAUGUGCGUGAACCACAUGUUGUUCAUAUCUCUCCAGUACGAGGUAACUCCAGGCAGCCCUUCAAACUGGCCACAGCAUGUCUGGCUGGUCUCUGCGUGAUCCUGCUUCUGGCGCUUGUGGUUGUAAGCUCACAACGUCGAGCAGCCUCAGAGGUGGCCUCAGACCCUGCACAAAGCCAACGGCAAGCCAAUCCCAUGAACAUCACGGAGCUGACCGAGAAAAUCAAAACCCUGGAACAGGAAAAGACGACACUAGAGCAGAACAAGAACACAUUGGAAGAGGACAAGAAAACACUGUUAGAGGAACAGGCCACACUGGAGCAGAGCAAGAUCGCACUGGAAGAGGACAAAAUGACACUGUAUGCAGAGAAGAAGGUACUGGAGGAGGGGAGAAAGACACUGGAAGAAGAGAAGAAGAGACUGGAGGCAGAGAACAGUGCCCUGCAAGAAAAGAUCAAAGAUUUCGAGGACGCCUUCGGCCCACUCACCACGGUGGCCCCAGCGCCCCCGACCCCAAAGGCGGUCGAGGACACCGAGUGCCCCGACGGCUGGCACCGCUUCAUCGACAGCUGUUACUACAUCUCCGAGGACACGCGAGACUGGCCGGACAGCCAGCGGUACUGCCAGAGGAAAGGUGGGCACCUGGCCAUCAUCCACACCGCGGAAGAGCAGACGUUUAUCUGGGAGCGGCUGAGGCGUGGCCAUUGGAGAGCCUACUGGUUUGGCAUCACAGAUGAGAAACUGGAGGGGAAGUGGCACUGGGUGGACGGCACCGAACUGGUCGGAGGGUUUUGGGAGGACGGGGAGCCCAAUAAUCACAUCAAUGAGGACUGUGGCUACAUUGUGAAGACAGAGGUGUUAAGUCGCAUCCCAACCAAAAGCUGGUACGACGCGCCCUGCGACAUGCACUGGCGCUUCGUCUGCGAGAAGGAGCUCACCACGACUACACAGUAGAGGACCAUAAUGCACAAACGCAGGGGUGCAUUUCUGGAAAGCGUAGUUGCUAACUGUCUUAGCUACUUUGUUGGUUGCAAUGCAAUUUCCCAUUGGCAACUACCAAAGUUGCUAACUGCUAACAACUACGCUUUCCAGAAAUGCACCCCAGUUUUGCUGUUAAUUCAACACUUUAUAAGUAUUGAAUUAACACUGCAAAGUGUUACUGCGUAGCUGGAUCACCACGUACUUCGGACUCGUGUAGUCAUCAUUGUGACCGACAGGGACAUAAAACAUGAGAUGAGAAGACAGAGAUGGACAUAUAUUUAUGUUUGGAGGAGUGCCAUACAUGCAUUACAGAAGACGUGUUUUCAUUGAAAAUAAAAGUCGUUAACAUUGAGUCUGCUGUGGCUCAGACGGUAGGGCACUGCACUCUCACGCCAGGGAUUCGGGUUCGAUUCCGACCCGAGGUAACUUCCUGAUCCUCCCCCAUCUCUCUCUCCCACUCACUACCUGUCACCAUCGCAAACUAUCCUGUCAAAUAAAGGUAUAAAACCCUCCAAGAAAAA